UUCUGGUUGGUAAUGCACUAUUUGUCAGAGGUGACUGAAGAGCAGACACUAGUUAUGUACAGUGGGCAUCCUCUGGGAAUCUUCCAUCGCUACGCUCCUCGAUUAAUCAUUACUAAUGGCAUGGUUAUUCCCAACUAUUCCUCCAGAGAUGAGUACGAGAAGCUGUUUGCCUUGGGAGUAACAAUGUAUGGUCAGAUGACUGCAGGGAGCUACUGCUACAUUGGGCCUCAGGGAAUAGUCCAUGGCACUGUGCUCACAGUGCUCAACGCAGGCCGUCGCUACUUGAAGGCAGAAGACCUGUCUGGAAAGGUGUUUGUUACUUCGGGUCUUGGAGGGAUGAGUGGGGCACAAGCAAAGGCUGCAGUCAUUGCUGGGUGUGUGGGGAUCAUUGCAGAGGUUGAUGAAGCAGCGCUCUUGAAGCGUCACAAGCAGGGAUGGCUGAUGGAAAUCUCUGACAACCUGGACCACUGCAUUGCUCGCCUUAGAGAUGCAAGAAAGAAUAAAAUUGCCCUUAGUUUGGGUUACCAUGGGAACGUGGUUGAUCUAUGGGAGAGACUGGUGCAUGAGUUGGACACAACAGGAGAGCUGCUGGUUGAUCUGGGAUCUGACCAGACUUCAUGUCAUAACCCAUUCAAUGGGGGGUACUAUCCAGUACAGCUUGGCUUUGAGGAAGCAAAGCAACUCCUUUCCACUAACCCAGGGAAGUUCCGGACCCUGGUUCAAGAGAGUCUGAAGAGACAAGUGGCUGCUAUUAACAGACUAGCUGACAAGGGCAUGUUUUUUUGGGAUUAUGGCAAUGCUUUUCUCUUGGAAGCUCAAAGAGCUGGUGCUGAUGUUGAGAAAAGAGGAGCCAAUAAAACAGAAUUCCGAUACCCUUCCUACGUCCAGCACAUCAUGGGGGACAUUUUUUCCCUGGGAUUUGGGCCAUUCCGCUGGGUUUGUACCUCAGGUGACCCACAGGAUCUUGCUACCACUGACUCCAUUGCUAUGUCUGUGCUGGAGGAGUCUAUACGUCAGGGAGUGAGCACAUCUGUGAAGCAGCAGUAUCAUGACAACAUCCGCUGGAUUCGGGAAGCUGGCAGGCACAGCUUGGUUGUUGGCUCUCAAGCUAGAAUCUUAUAUUCUGAUCAGAGGGGUCGUGUGUCUAUAGCCGUGGCUAUUAAUCGAGCCAUUUCCGAAGGGAGGAUUAAGGCUCCAGUAGUCCUGAGCCGAGAUCACCACGAUGUGAGUGGGACUGACAGUCCUUACAGAGAAACCUCAAACAUCUAUGAUGGAUCAGCCUUUUGUGCAGACAUGGCAGUACAGAACUUUGUAGGAGAUGCGUUCAGAGGAGCAACCUGGGUUGCGCUGCACAACGGUGGUGGAGUUGGCUGGGGUGAAGUGAUCAAUGGAGGAUUUGGGCUGGUGUUGGAUGGGUCCAAGGAGGCUGAAGAACGGGCGAAGAUGAUGCUCAGCUGGGAUGUGUCCAAUGGAGUUGCCAGGCGCUGCUGGUCGGGUAAUGACUAUGCUUAUGAAACGAUCUGCCAAGCAAUGAAGGAGAAUGCCAGUCUGAAGGUGACUCUCCCUCACAAGGUGGUGGAUGAGAACAUCCUGGAGCAAGGUGUUAAACAUUAGCAGUAUUCCAAGCGCAGUUUUGUCCCUGCAGGUAC